UUCACCUUUUCCUAAAUUUAAUAAUUUUUACACAAUGAAGCAUUUGCAAUUUGUGCUCGUCCUGGCCAUCGCGGUCAAUGUGUGGGAAUGUGGAGACGCAAAAUUCGGCGAGAGGGGAGAAGUCAGCCCCAGGAGGAGACGGUGUUACGACGGAAGCUUGCCCAAGCGGCUGAAAAAAAGGGAGCGAAAAGUGUUGCUUGACGGCAGCAGCAGCGGAGAAGUUUGCCACAGGUUGUACCCCCGCGUGUCCUGCUGUCCCACCAGGAGAGCUGCCUAUCAGAUCCUCCACAGCAGGGAUGCCAGGAUUUUCUCCACCAACAACACUGAAUGUGGACAUCUCCUGGAGGAGAUCAAGUGUGCUCGCUGCUCCCCCAAUGCCCAGGUGUUGUUCCAGUCCUUUGAUAUGGAUAAGAUGCCACACAGGGAGCCAGACCUGCCGCAUCUCUGCAAGGACUUCUGCCGCGAAUUCUACUACACCUGCAGGGGGCACAUACCAGAACUUUUCCAAGCCGAUGUGGAUGAGUUCUGCCAGUACUAUGGGAGGAGAGAUGCCAGCCUAUGCUUUCCAGAUUUUCAGCGAAAGCAACCACCAAGGCAAGAUUCCAACUACUUGGGAGAUGAGCAAAUAGAAGAAUUCAGCAGGAAACACAAACACAACUGCUACUGUGCCCAGGAGGUGUUGAGUGGUCUGAGGCAGCCGGUGGCUGUGGUGCACUGUGGGGAUGGAUCCCAGCGACUCUUUGUCUUGGAAAAAGAGGGAAUUGUCAGGAUACUCAACCAUAACCUGGAGCUAAUUAAGGAACCCUUCCUGGACAUCCACAAGCUGGUGCAGAAUGGCUUGAAGGGCGGAGAUGAAAGGGGCCUGCUAAGCUUGGCAUUCCACCCCAAUUACAAGAAGAAUGGCAAGCUCUACAUCUCCUACACCACCAACCAAGAGCGCUGGGCCAUUGGACCACAUGACCAUAUACUCCGUGUGGUUGAAUACACCAUUUCAAGGAAAAAUAUAAACCAGGUGGACACCAGGACAGUUAGAGUGCUAAUGGAAGUGGCAGAGUUGCACAGGAAGCACCUAGGAGGCCAACUGCUCUUUAGCCCUGAUGGUCUGUUACACAUUGUCCUGGGAGAUGGCAUGAUCACCCUUGAUGACAUGGAGGAAAUGGAUGGACUCAGUGAUUUCACAGGGUCCGUCCUAAGGGUAGAUGUGGACACAGACUGUUGUACGUCACCCUAUUCCAUACCGCGGAACAACCCAUACUUCAACAGCACCAACCAGCCACCUGAAAUCUUUGCCCAUGGAUUACAUGACCCAGGCAGGUGCGCAGUAGAUCGGCUUCAGACAGACAAUGGGAGUCUUUUUAUCCUCUGUACAGAUGCCAGUGGCAAGAACACAUCAGCAGGACGAAUACUGGAGAUUGCUAUGGGGAAAGAUUAUGAAAAUGAGCCCUCUGUCUAUGACCUGCAGUCCAGUGGAGGGGCACCACCUGUGGGAGGCUUCAUCUACAGAGGCUGCCAGUCAAGAAGACUGUAUGGCAGUUAUGUGUUUGGAGAUAAAAAUGGUAACCUGCGGAUCCUCCAGAAGUCGACAUUGUCAACAUCAGCAAGUGGUGAACAGUGGCAGGAAAAAGCUCUGUGUCUGGGCUCAGCUAGCUCCUGUGGCUCGAUGCUUGUGGGAAACAUCUUGGGUUUCGGAGAGGAUGAACUAGGAGAAGUCUACAUAUUGGCAAGCAGUAAAAGCAUGACACAGUCACACAGCGGGAAACUCUACAAGCUGGUGGACCCUAAAAGGCCUCAUGCCCCUAAGGAGUGCCAGCGUCAGAUGGAGGACCCAGCGCCGCUGAUGACAGCUUGUUCCAGACAGUGUAAGAAUGGACACUGCACUCCUACGGGCAAGUGCUGCUGCAGCCCCGGCUGGGAGGGACCCUUCUGCCGUGUUGCCAAAUGUGAACCAGCAUGUCGCAAUGGAGGAGUGUGUAUGGAGCCCAACAAGUGCCUGUGUAAGAGCGGCUACUCCGGCCCCCAGUGUGAGACGAGCGAGCAGGGUAUGCCCAAUGACCAGGAGAAAGACGGCAUACUGGACCACAUCAUGGGCAUGACCUCAUAUCUCCUAGACCUGACCAGCUAUAUUGUAUAGGGGUAUGCAGAGGGGGGUUGCUCCCUACCGCCAUCCUCAAGUUGACACAGAUCUACCUACCACCACCAGCAGACUCUAACGAGGUGCCCGUACUAUGACUUCCUAAUCUCCAUCACACCCACAUAGGCAUGUACAUGUACACACAGAUACAUACACAGGAUCCCCGUUAGACUGCUUUUCAUCCACAUCACCAUACCAAACUUCAUUUUUUUGCCUAUAAGCUACUUGCUCUUGAGCACCAGGCCUGGCCUCCAAGCCUUGUUCACAUUUCAGAGAGACCUGCAGACAGCAGCAGCACGAUUGACAAGCAUGGCCAAGUUACGGAAGUUCCACUGAGACAUUUCCACUCUCAAUCAGAAAACACCCACACGUGGCUGACUCCACAGGAACAGACCAUUUUAACCCAAGACUUUGGAUCUUUUCAGGGGCUCUCUGUGGCCUUAUUAAAGACCCCCAAAUAAUGGAGUCUGAUGCAUUUCAUCAGAGACAGUUGAUUGUUCAUCAGAUGUUCUCUAUGGAUGUUCUCUAAGGUGGCGUGGCUAAAGAUCAAAUUUGUGCUCACGGUCCAUUCAAAAGUUCAGCAAAAUAAAUGUCUACAGACAGUACACAGGCUUCGGAGGGGCACUGCAUCUCAGAUUCAGCUAUAAAAACUGAGAUGUCAUGGGUCACAUUUUCUUUGUGCUAUACUAUUUUAAAGGCACUAAUACAAGACAUAGACUGUAGUCUCACUUAUGGUCUGUUUUGUUUGUGGACACAUCGUCAUUAAAAGCUAUAACUGUACUCAGUAUGUAUACAUUGUUUUGCAAAACACUCUUUUGCUAUCAGUGUACAGAAUGGAUCCACAACAGAGGACUGUUAAUCUAUCACAGAAACAAGAACAACUGGGUGAGCACCUCGUACUUUGUCAAAGCCAGUUUCAUACAAUCUGAAUGGAGUUAUUGGCUCCCAUGCACUGUGUUCAUUUUUUGUUUCAUUCACUUUAUUAUUCAGAAUGAAUUUAAACACAUUAAAAAAAGUGCAAUGAGAGUAGUUUCACAUUCACACACACACACAGUUUUAUCUUUGUGAG